AUGAGCAGCGGCCGCAUUGGCCAGCCCGUGGGCAAGAUCGUGCUCACGAACGUGGCCAUCGUGCGCAUGCGCAAGGGCGGCAAGCGCUUCGAGAUCGCGUGCUACAAGAACAAGGUGUUCAACUGGCGCCACGGCGUCGAGGGCGACAUUGACGAGGUGCUGCAGAUCGCUAAAGUCUACGAGAACGUGUCCAAGGGCCGCUUCGCCAAGAAGAGCGACUGGGCCCAGGCCUUUGGCGUGCAGACCGAGGCGCAAGCGUGUCGCGCGAUCCUCGACCACGGCGAGCUCCAGGUCUCGGAGGGCGAGCGCAAAGCCCUCGUCGAAAAUAUGUAUCGGGACAUUGCGACGAUCGUUGCCGACAAGUGCGUGAACCCUGCGUCGAAUCGGCCGUAUCCGUACACUGUGAUCGAGCGUGUGAUGAAGGAGAUCCACUAUGCUGUGAUCCCGAAUCGCAGCGCCAAGCAGCAGGCACUCGAGCUCAUGAAGAAGCUGCCCGAGCACAUUCCGUUAGCACGUGCAAAGAUGAAGAUCCAGAUUACGACGCCAGCGUCGGGUGCAAAAGUGAUCAAGACGGAGCUGCUGAAGGAGGGCGCGGAGAUUGUCGAGCAGACGGGAAGUGACACGGUGCGGAUGGUGAUGCUCAUCACGCCGGGGUCGUACCGUGUUGUCAAUUCGCUCGUGCAGGACCACACGGCUGGCCAAGGUUCAUUGGAAGUGAUUGAUCUGAAGAGCCACCAGGAGGGCGAACACACGAUCGACGAUGAGAUUUCGCAAAAGACGGAACGACUUGGACUGUCACGUGCUACUCCUGCUGUUGCCACUGCACCUGCACCAACGCCAGCGCCAGCCUCAGCUGCCGCCAUGGAGGCAAAGAAGACACGGCCGUGCAGUACAUGUGGCGGCGACUUGGGCACUGAUGCGAACAAGUGCCGAGAACACUUUCGUUCCGAAUGGCAUCGCUACAACCUCAAGCGCAAAUCGAAGAAACAGCCAGUGGUCAGUGAAGAAGAGUUUGACGCGCUUGACACGGAGGACGUGGAGGUCUUUCUUUCCUCGAUGAGCUGA